GUUCUGAGGCAACAUCGAAUGUUCAGCGAUGUGCGAUCAAGAGAAUUCCAGGCAGACACCCCAGAACAGCCACACGAAAAGAGAGAGCUCAUCAUGGAGCGAGCGGAUCGAAACCGUUCCGACUAAUGCAUAUUGAGAAAACAAUCGUGGGCUAGGUGCAGACUGUCACUGCCCCCUCAUGAUUGGUUAAAAAUGAGUGCAGCUUCAGCACAAAUCAUAGAAAAGGUAAGGGUCUAACAAUCCUUGUUCCAUAUUCAAGGCCACCAGAAACGAUGAAUUCGGUCGAAGAAGGCGCGAUAGCGCGCGAGAAACAGCAAAGAUCUGGCAAUGGAGAUGUUGACAUUGAGAAGGGACAGGGUGAUGCGUCCGCUAUGGAUGACGUCUGCGAGAAAGACGAGGAAGCUCUACCACCUUUGAAAGGACUGUCGUUUCUGGAUCGCUUUCUGGUGCUAUGGAUCCUCGUCGCCAUGGGAGUUGGCAUUGCCAUUGGCAACACGGUCGACUCUGCAGGACCAGCACUGCAGAAGGGCGAAUUUGUGGGUGUUAGUAUACCGAUCGCCAUCGGUCUUCUCGUCAUGAUGUACCCCAUCUUGUGCAAGGUUCGCUACGAAACACUGCAUCUCCUGCUCUCGCACAAGGCACUCUGGAUACAAAUCGGCAUCUCGUUCGUCCUGAACUGGAUUAUCGCACCGCUGUUCAUGGUCGGUUUAGCGUGGGCGUUUCUGCCAGAUCGUCAAGACUUAAGAGAAGGGUUGAUCUUUGUCGGUAUUGCACGUUGCAUCGCAAUGGUGCUUAUUUGGACCGACUUGGCGAAAGGAGAUGGCGAUUACUGCGCGGUACUCGUCGCUUUCAACUCUAUACUCCAGAUCGUUCUCUUCGCUCCGCUGGCGAUAUUCUACGUUCAGAUCGUCAGUCAUGGCGAGAAGACAAAUGUCUCGUACGACAAGGUUGCGCAGAGUGUCGGUGUGUUCCUAGGGAUUCCGCUUGGUGCCGCAAUUUUUACUCGACUACUACUGAGAGCGAUUAUUGGCGAGCAGAGAUACCAGAGACGAUUCCUCCGGUACAUCGGACCCCUCUCGUUAGUCGGCCUUUUGUAUACAAUUAUCGUCCUGUUCGCCAGUCAGGGCGCGCACGUUGUCAGGCAGAUCACUGACGUCCUGCGGGUAUGCGCACCGUUACUGGUGUACUUCCUCGUUCUCUUCUCGGCCACCAUUUUUUUCUGCUACAAAAUGGGGUUCGAGUAUAAGAUUAGCUGCGUCCAAGGGUUCACAGCUGCUAGCAACAACUUCGAACUGGCGAUUGCGGUAGUAGUUGCGGUGUACGGUGCGUCAAGUGGACAAGCUUUGGCGAGCACCGUCGGUCCGUUAAUCGAAGUCCCAGUGCUGGUGGUCUUAGUAUACGUACUACAAUGGUUAAGGAAGAGAUGGCGAUGGGUCUAAGCGAUUGCUUUGAUUUCGAUCGGCUGGAACAAUUAACGAGUCAUCGAAUCACGACAGCACAGCGUAUACUUGUAACUGCUGUAGCGUGAAUGUCACUCACCGAAUGCAUGGUAAUCCCAACAAGCAGCCAGUGAAAGCAGCAGCCAGUGAAAACUAGACAUGUGACAGCGCUUCAGUAACCAAGGAAGCCUGGAGAAAGAAGGUAGCCCGAAGAUCUACUGGAGCGCGAGCUGUUGAUCCAUCCAAAUGCAUCGAAUCUUCCACGCGAGAAAUGGCGCAUACGAGGUAUGACCGUGGUAUUGGGAUUCGUCCAGGUCGAAGCUAGUAGAUUCG